GGGCAGCCUGCCAGAGUCUCCUGCCAGUCCACGCCGCACGGCACUGUGGCGACGCGGGCGAACUCAACUCGCAGUCUCGCGUCUAUCCAGCCGCACACGCGCACACACACGCUGCUGAAUGCUGAUGCCGCUUCGCCCCUCCGCCGUCUCGCUUAAAUGCCCAGGCCUAAUCAUUCCCACCCCCAGUCCCUCUGCCCUCUCUCUCUCUCUCUCUCUCUCUCCGUGCCCCCCAGGCCCUCCUCCCAGGCUCCCAGCCCCCCUCCCGUCCCUCUCUCUGUCUCUCUCCACGCACCAUGGCGAUCUCCGAGCUCGGGUGAGCUGACAAGGUGGGCGUCCCGUACCUAGUACCGCUGCCUGCCUCGGGUGAACGAGCGUCGGUUCGGCUCGGUGCAGAAUGCGGCCGAUUUGAGCGAGGACGGGAGGGGCGCGAUGGAUGCGGGUUCGGGCGGAUUCGCGAGGAGGCUCUAGAGGAGGUUAGGUUUCGGCCCCGGCCCCGGCCCGGCUGUGGGAGAUGAGCUCCUCGUCCGCGGCCAGCAUCGGGCAGCAGCCGCCGGAGGAAGAGAAGAAGUGCCUCAACUCGGAGCUGUGGCACGCGUGCGCCGGCCCGCUCGUCUGCCUCCCCACCGUCGCCACGCGCGUCGUCUACUUCCCGCAGGGCCACAGCGAGCAGGUGGCGGCGUCGACGAACAAGGAGGUGGACGGGCACAUCCCCAACUACCCCAACCUGCCGCCGCAGCUGAUCUGCCAGCUGCACGAUGUCACAAUGCAUGCGGAUGUGGAGACGGAUGAAGUGUACGCGCAGAUGACGCUGCAGCCGCUCAACCCACAAGAGCAGAACGACCCGUACCUGCCUGCGGAGAUGGGAAUCAUGAGCAAGCAGCCGACGAACUACUUCUGCAAGACGCUGACUGCGAGCGACACCAGCACGCACGGCGGGUUCUCUGUGCCCCGUCGCGCGGCCGAGCGUGUCUUCCCCCCACUGGAUUUCACACAGCAGCCUCCAGCACAGGAGCUUAUUGCACGGGAUAUUCAUGAUGUCGAGUGGAAGUUCAGGCAUAUCUUCCGAGGCCAGCCCAAAAGACACCUGCUGACUACUGGCUGGAGUGUGUUUGUCAGUGCUAAGAGACUUGUUGCUGGAGAUUCUGUGCUAUUCAUAUGGAAUGAGAAAAACCAGCUUCUGCUUGGAAUCAGACGCGCCAGCCGUCCACAGACUGUGAUGCCCUCUUCUGUUCUUUCGAGUGACAGCAUGCACAUUGGGCUCCUUGCAGCAGCAGCUCAUGCUGCUGCAACAAACAGCCGUUUCACAAUUUUCUUUAAUCCUAGGGCAAGUCCAUCAGAAUUUGUUAUACCCCUUUCGAAAUACAUCAAGGCAGUUUUUCACACGCGGAUAUCAGUUGGGAUGCGAUUCAGGAUGUUGUUUGAGACAGAGGAAUCUAGUGUCCGCAGGUACAUGGGGACAAUAACUGAAGUGAGUGAUGCUGACCCAGUGCGUUGGCCUAGUUCCUAUUGGAGAUCAGUGAAGGUUGGCUGGGAUGAAUCAACAGCAGGAGAAAGGCCACCUAGAGUUUCUCUGUGGGAAAUUGAGCCACUGACAACCUUUCCUAUGUAUCCAUCCCUCUUCCCACUGCGAGUUAAGCAUCCAUGGUAUUCAGGAGUUGCUGCUCUUCAUGGUUCCUGGGGACAACAGAGACUCCAUCCAUCCUUACUUAGCAAUGACCAUGAUCAGUAUCAAGCAGUGGUUGCUGCCGCAGCUGCUUCCCAGUCGGAUGGUUAUCUGAAGCAGCAAUUCCUACACCUUCAACAACCUAUGCAGUCCCCACAGGAACAGUGCAAUCUCAAUCCGCUGUUGCAGCAGCAAAUACUACAGCAAGGGAGCCAACAGCAGAUGGUUAGUCCUGAUGCUCAAAAUAUCCAGUCCGUGCUCAACCCAAAUGCUAUUCAGCAGCAGCUCCAACAAUUCCAGCAGAUGCAGCAUGCUCAUAAUGACCAGAAGCAGAAGAUUCAACCAGAUCAGCCGUACCAAGUUCCUAGCAGUGCGGUUCUCUCGAGUCCAACAUCAUUACCAAGCCAUUUGCGGGAAAAAUUUGGCUUUUCUGAUCCUAAUGUCAACUCUUCCAGCUUCAUCAGCUCUAGCAGCAACGAGAAUAUGCUGGAAUCAAACUUCCUUCAGGGAAGCUCAAAAUCUGUGGAUUUGUCUAGAUUCAACCAACCUGUAGUUAGCGAGCAGCAGCAGCAACAGGCAUGGAAGCAAAAGUUUAUUUGCUCACAAUCGAUGUCUUUUGGGGGCUCGGUUUCACUUAACUCACCCACUACCAAAGAUGGUCCUGUUGACAACAAAAUUGGUCGUGAUGUGCAGAACCAGACCCUUUUUAGCCCUCAAGUUGACUCUUCCUCCCUACUGUACAAUAUGGUACCUAAUUUGACCUCAAAUGUUGCGGAUAAUAAUAUAUCAACGAUUCCCUCUGGAUCAACAUAUCUGCAAAGUCCAAUGUAUGGUUGUCUGGAUGACUCUUCUGGUUUAUUGCAAAAUACAGGAGAGAAUGAUCCGACAACUAGAACAUUCGUUAAGGUUUACAAGUCAGGAUCGGUGGGGAGAUCCUUGGACAUCACCCGGUUCUCUAAUUAUGCUGAACUUCGAGAGGAACUGGGUCAGAUGUUCGGCAUUAAGGGUCAGUUGGAUGACCCUGAUAGAUCAGGCUGGCAGCUUGUAUUUGUCGACAGGGAGAACGAUGUGCUUCUCCUUGGAGACGACCCGUGGGAGUCAUUUGUGAAUAGUGUAUGGUACAUCAAAAUACUUUCACCUGAGGAUGUGCAUAAGAUGGGAAAGCCAGGAAACGAUCCACGCUACCUAUCUUAAAUUGAUACCCAGAGCUCUUUCGGGCUCCCGUGACGAUUCUGUGGCACACUGUAGCACUGUCCAUGGCGGUCCGGUGUGCUGUGCUCCCAUGUUCGCUGGUGUCACCUCUAGCAUGUACACCGUGCGCGUCUUCAGAACUCCCCCGUUACUUGUAUCCGGUGCAGGCCACCGCUCUGGACUGAUAUCUUGUAGGUUCCACUUAGGAAUCAGUAUCAGCGACUCUAUCCUAGUUGGUUUGUAGCUCGCACGGCACUCGUUCUUGUGUCGCAUCGAAAUCUUCAGGCUAAAUGCUUAGUUGAAACUGUUCCCGUGAUUCUUAAGCUAUCUAUGUAUUUGAGGAUUCCCCGGCAUGCUUUCGACGAUGAACUGCAAUAAUCUGAAUGCAGGAGGAUUGUUUGAAUGCUA